AAAUAAGUAGGCGGCUCGGUGCAAAGGGAUGAGUGAGUCGAAGCUCGGUCUCUCCCCAGCACGUUCUCAGCCGCUCUGGGUUCAGACCCAACCAGGGAGCCGCGAGCAAGGUUCGCCAUCCCGGGCGGGCAGGACUCCGGGGCCGCUGAGCGCUUCCCGCCUGUCGCGCGCUGGGAGUCCCCGCAGCCGGAGAGGGGCCAGGACUCUAGAGCUCCGGGGGUGCCUGCGGAAUCCAGCGCCUCUGGCUUCCCGGGUCCCCCGCAGAGGGAGCCUCAGAGACGCGCUCAGCCCCGGGACCGCCGCGGAACAAGAUCCUGAUUGAGAACUCACAACUACCACAAUGGGCAGCAAAACCUUGCCAGCACCAGUGCCCAUCCAUCCAUCCCUGCAGCUUACCAACUACUCCUUCCUUCAGGCAGUGAACGGCCUGCCCACGGUGCCCUCGGACCACCUGCCCAACCUGUAUGGUUUCAGUGCGCUGCACGCUGUGCACCUGCACCAGUGGACGCUGGGCUACCCAGCCAUGCACUUGCCACGGUCCUCUUUCUCCAAAGUGCCGGGAGCCAUGUCCAACCUAGUGGACGCGCGCUUCCAGCUGCCUGCCUUUCCUUGGUUCCCCCAUGUCAUUCAGCCCAAGCCGGAGAUCACCGCUGGGGGCAGCGGCCCAGCAGCUCUCAAGACCAAGCCACGCUUUGAUUUUGCCAACCUGGCCUUGGCCGCCACACAAGAAGAUCCCUCCAAGCUUGGUCGGGGGGAGGGCCCCGGCUCCCCAGCUGGUGGGCUGGGAGCCCUCCUGGAUGUGACCAAGCUAUCCCCAGAAAAGAAACCCACGAGAGGACGCCUACCUUCCAAGACCAAGAAGGAGUUCGUCUGCAAGUUCUGUGGCCGCCACUUCACAAAGUCCUACAACCUACUUAUCCAUGAGCGGACGCACACCGACGAGAGGCCCUACACCUGUGACAUCUGCCACAAAGCCUUCCGGAGGCAAGACCACCUACGAGACCACAGAUAUAUUCACUCCAAAGAAAAGCCUUUCAAGUGUCAAGAGUGCGGGAAAGGAUUCUGCCAGUCCAGGACUCUCGCUGUCCACAAGACACUACACUCACAGGUGAAGGAGCUCAAAACCUCCAAGAUCAAAUGCUAAAUAGAGCCUCCAGGUCACCGGGACCCUGGGUCGCGCCGUUCCCUCCUCCAGAGGGAUCAGAAGCCGGAAGGCGACUCUAGCGGGCAGCGGGAGGGGCUCCCGGACUUUCCCCCAUCCCAAACAAUGUCCCCUGGGUCCCGGACGCACGCGGAACUCCAGAGCCCCACCCGGAGCUGUGACCCGGGCCGCCCGGGCGGUUCCCCCAGGACGCGGCUAAACUCUUGGCCAAAAGGCGGUACUCACGUGGCGGAAGGGAAACUGCAUUUAAAAA